AUGAUUCCCUUCAACAACUGUAUUGAAAAAUUGACUGAAUUUUUUGACGGAAAAAAUGAAAAAAUUAGUUCUUUUUUAUUGCAUGAAUCGCCAAAACGUCGAAGAUUGUUUGCUAUUUUUGAGAAUUUUAUUCAAUUGGAGUGGCAUCAAAAUAAAUUUACUUGGUUAAAACAUCCAUUAAUUUGCAGAAUUUCCUCAGAAAUUUUCAAUUUUGCUGGAGAAAUUCAAUUUACAAAUGAAAAAGUUUGGUUUGCCGGUUCUUCAAAUGUUCAAAUAUUUAAUCUUGCUCCAAAUUUAUCAAUUCAUUCAUCAUUUGAUAGUCCAAAAUCUGUUGAAAAUACUCGGUCAAAUUCAAUUAUUUAUUUUUCUAUUGGAAUUAUUUUAAUUGGAUUGGCAGAAGAAGAAAUUAUUUUUUCUAAUAUUUCUAAAGAACAAAUUAAUAUAUUCUUUAACCGAUUGGAGUUAUUAUUUUCGUCAUCACCCAGUAUUUUUGUUUAUUUUUUGAUGGAAAACGAUGAACGUUGUUUACUUACAUUUAUAGCAAUAAUGAAGUUACAUUCAUCAGAACAAAACAAAAUAUUACUUCCAAAAAUGUUAGAUCCAGAAUUGAUUUUUAUUGUUUUAUUGAAGAAAAUUAAUUUUGAUUCUUUGGUUAGAAAUAAUUGA